CCCCCGACGGCGCGGCGGAGCGCUCGGCGCUGCACCAUGGCCGCUGAGAACCGCUCGGCCGCGGGCGGCGGCGCGCCCUGGGGGCUGCCCGAUUUCCUCUUCCAGAAGGAGCUGUUUGCUGCCAGAGACACAGACCCCAUGCACAACCUCUCCGCGCAGCCCUGGCAGGCAAAGAUGGCCAACCUGACCUACGACAAUGUCACCCUCAGCAACCGCUCUGAGGUGGCCAUCCAGCCCCCCACCAACUACAAGACGGUGGAGAUGGUUUUCAUCGCCACGGUCACCGGCUCGCUCAGCCUCGUCACCGUGGUGGGGAACAUCCUGGUGAUGCUGUCCAUCAAGGUGAACCGCCAGCUCCAGACCGUCAACAACUACUUCCUCUUCAGCCUGGCCUGUGCCGACCUCAUCAUCGGAGUCUUCUCCAUGAACCUCUACUCGGUCUACAUCAUCAAAGGCUACUGGCCACUGGGGGCCGUGGUGUGUGACCUGUGGCUGGCCCUGGACUACGUGGUGAGCAAUGCCUCGGUCAUGAACUUACUCAUCAUCAGCUUCGACCGCUACUUCUGUGUCACUAAGCCCCUGACGUACCCGGCCAGGAGGACGACCAAGAUGGCGGGGCUCAUGAUCGCAGCCGCGUGGAUAUUGUCCUUCAUUCUCUGGGCCCCUGCCAUCUUGUUCUGGCAGUUCAUUGUGGGCAAGAGGACAGUCCAUGAGAGGGAAUGCUACAUCCAGUUCCUCUCCAACCCAGCGGUGACCUUCGGUACGGCCAUCGCUGCUUUCUACCUGCCUGUGGUCAUCAUGACGGUGCUGUACAUCCACAUCUCGCUGGCCAGCAGGAGCAGGGUGAGGAGACACAAGCCCGAAAGCAGGAAAGAGAGGAAAGGCAAGUCCCUCAGCUUCUUCAAGGCCCCCCCAGUCAAACAGAACAACAACAACUCCCCCAAGAGGGCCGUGGAGGUGAAGGAGGAGGUGAGGAAUGGGAAGGUGGAUGACCAGCCCUCAGCACAGACAGAGGCCACUGGCCAGCAGGAGGAGAAGGAGACCUCCAAUGAGUCCAGCACAGUCAGCAUGACCCAGACCACCAAAGACAAGCCCACAACGGAAAUCUUGCCAGUGGGGCAAGGACAGAGCCCGGCCCAUCCUCGGGUGAACCCGACUUCCAAGUGGUCCAAGAUAAAGAUCGUCACCAAGCAGACCGGGACCGAAUGCGUCACCGCCAUCGAGAUUGUCCCAGCUAAGGCAGGAGCCUCUGACCACAACUCCCUGUCCAACAGCCGCCCUGCCAAUGUCGCCAGGAAGUUUGCCAGCAUCGCCAGGAGCCAAGUGCGGAAGAAGCGUCAGAUGGCAGCCCGGGAGAAGAAGGUCACUCGGACCAUAUUUGCCAUCCUGCUAGCCUUCAUACUCACAUGGACUCCGUACAACGUGAUGGUCCUCAUUAACACCUUCUGCGAGACCUGUGUUCCUGAAACCGUGUGGUCCAUUGGCUACUGGCUCUGCUAUGUCAACAGCACCAUCAACCCAGCCUGCUAUGCCCUCUGCAAUGCCACGUUCAAGAAAACCUUUAAGCACCUCCUCAUGUGCCAGUACAGGAACAUUGGCACGGCCAGGUAAGCUGGUGCUCAGGGACAACUUCAGCAACGUUCCGGCAAUCCUCCCCUUCGUCUCCUUCACCUGGAGGGAUCCUCUGCUCCCUCUCACAGAAGUGCAGACUGUGAAAUGCUAGCAGGUGAUGCCCUUUAAUGCUGACGAAGGUCCACAGCACCUCUGAGCUGCAGCUCCUCCAGCCACCCUGGGCCCAGGAGCUCACUGGGUGGCUGGGGAGGAAGGUGAGCAGAGGCCAGAUGUGCUAACCAGGAGUCCUCCUAGCACCCUGCCCCGGAUGUGCUGGCCAACAAGCAUCGGCACUCCUCUUCAGACUGGAUGCCUCUUCUUCCUGUGGCUGACCGUCCCCUGGCUGUCAGAGCUUGUUUGCAUGCAAACAGCCUAACGCCAGGUGCUUUCAAUAGUCCUGUAGACCAUUUAAUACCCCAGAUGAAAAGAAGCAGGGGGCCCAACUCUUGCCAGCCACUUUGGACCAGGCCAGCUUGGGUGUGUGCACAGAAGGCCCUCUUGGACUGUCCAGGCCCAGUCAUAAGGACAUUGGGGCUGUGCCCAAGCAGCUGUGGUGAGCUCCCUCCUCACCUCAAUGUCACCUCCUGGCCUAGGGACCUGCAGGGACAGUGUGGGACACUUGUCCCACUGUGCUGGCCCCAGGGAGGACACAGGAGGUGACUGCUGAGCUUUGUAAAUGGACAUAACCCCACGGCCGCUACUGUCGUGGAGUCCUCAGCAUGUGGGGUCCCAUCAGCCCCUCCCGGCCUCGUGCGUGCAGCCUGGGCCCCAUUGCUCCAUUGCCUCACUUCUGCCAAGGCUGGGGCUCUGCUGAAAGGUGGGGCACUGCCUUGUCUGUGUGUCUGUCUCACCCUGUGCCAGGGCAAUGCCAUGCGACCUGGAGAAGGGCUGCCCUGGCCCCCUCACUGCCGCUGCCUUUAGAAUCCUGACAUAGCGUUACCCACAUUGCCUGGCGGGUUGGUUGGGGGUUUCGGAGAAGUGUUACAGCUACAGCUGAUCCCCAACAAAUAAAGACCUCAGACCAGAAACCAAAGGCCGUGGGUUGAGGAGUCCAUGUGGUGUCACCAGGUUGUCCUCAGCGUCCCAUGGGCCCUGGUAGGGACAGUGAGUGCAGAUGCAGAUGGUCCAUGGGGGACAUCCCUGUGUGUGCCUUUGUCCCCCACCACAGGGCAGGGGCAGAAGCAAGGAGAGGGUGGCAGCCUGAAGUGCUGCUGAGAUGAGGUGCUGAUGUGGGGCUGAUGUGGGCGGCACCCAGGCUGCUGUCCCCAAGCACACAGUGACUGCUCUUCUCCUUUCCGGUCCCAGGGGGUUGGCAGAGCCCCUGGUGG